AAGCUCUCUUUUGUGUUUUCUUUCCGCCAAAGACGUCAUUCAUCUCACCAAACGAUCAAAUGCUUCUUAUUUCGCUCUCGCACAGCUCAUUAUCCCCAAAACCUUCCUUCAUUCUCUGUUUCCUUCUCCAAAAAACGUUUUUUUUUUUCUCAUCAAAUUCUCAUUCUCCCACUCUAUCUUCCUCUCUUUCUUCUCCGGCCUGCUCUCCUUCCCCCAAAAUCCUCUCCUGACCACUCCUUCGUCUCAAAGAUCCCACCUUUUUCAAAAACCAGCCGAGUUUCAGAAUUUCCCAAUCUCCAGAUCCAUCAAAAAUGUCAUCUCCGUCUAAUACACUCCCUGCUCUCCUCCUUCUCCUCCUGUUUCUUCACCUCUCCCUCGGUCGCCCAUCAAACUCCCCCUCCGCCUACGAGAUCCUGGAGGGAUUCGGUUUCCCCAAAGGGAUUCUUCCAGAGGGAGUGAUCAGUUACCAGUUAGACGAAGAUGGCGGCUUCCAGGUCCUUCUUCCCUGCGACUGCGAGUUCCGAGUGGAGGGAGAAGGGUAUCUGCUCAAGUAUGCCAGAAGGAUCACGGGGAAGGUGAAGUCUGGUCAGUUGAAGGAGCUUAAUGGCGUCAGCGUUAGGGUUUUGGUGGUUUGGUUUGGGAUCAAGGAGGUUGUGAGGAGUGGAACUGAUCUCUACUUCUAUGUUGGUCCAUUAUCAGCUUCGUUUCCUUUGGCCAACUUUGAAGAGUGCCCCAAAUGCAGCUGCGGUUCAGUUUGUUCUACUCAGAUGGUGAUGGAUUCUUAGGCUUCAAAGUGCUGGUGAUGGCUUCUCUUGCUUUGUUUUAAUGCUUUGUUUAGGAAGGGGAGAAGUGUCAAAAUGUUCUUUUGAUUUUUUAAUGGAAGUUAUUUUAGUUCUAUUGUCUAUAAAAAUUGUAAAUUUAGUUCCCAUAUGUUUUUAUGAUGGGAUGAAAUAGUCACUAAAAGUUUUAAAGGAAUGGCUAUUUCAUCAUUAAGAGUUUGGGGAUUAAUUUGACAUUUUUAUAGUUAUGGAACUAAAAUGAUUCUAUGUAAAUGAUUGGGAGGUUAUUUUGUCACUUUAAUCAUUUAUGAAUAGAUUUAUAUGUGCUAUACACUUUGAAUAAUGCAUGUUUAUAUUGAAACUUGGAUGUUUGUUUCUUUUGUUUUGAGGUAAGAUUGAGAAGGUCUGG